GCCUUAACAACAUAAACAACCACUUUGAGCACAAAAGCACAACGGCUAAGUGCGAGAAAUAAACAUAACAACGGACAAUGUAACCGGCUCGUCAAAAGUUUAUAAAGUAGGUGUAACAAGGUUAAAUAAGACGCAUUUUUUAUUAAAAUUUGUUCGCUCCCAACUUAUUAAAAAAAUGUCAAUAAAACGCGCGCAAUACGAUAGUAAAUGUUAUUGCAGCAGUGCUGCGUCAACAUGUUGCAGCAAUACUCAUGCAAAUUGCAUCAAGCGCAAAACAACUGGCAGCGGAAGUAUUUUCAGUGUUGCAAGCAAACGCGAUAAACAGAUUUUUAACACAAGAACAGCGGCGAAGAAUAGACAAAAUACAGAUUUUGUUAAAAUAAAAAGAAAAACAACUCUGCCCGCCGAGGUCAGCAAAAAUCGCCGCGGACUCGGUCAUACCAAUUUGCAUUGCACUACUAAUUUUAGUCGACGCAAUUCCGCCGCAACCACAGUAACAUUUUCCACGCCUUGCGCCACGCCAGCCUCGUUUCACAGUUCGAAUGCAAUCGCGCCCUCGUUCGAAACGCCGUCGCCGUCUCCACUGUCCACAAUUUUAAAGAAUUUGCCCGUAAGUAUGUCAACGCUGGGCGAUAACUUUAGCGCGCUGAGCGUUUCGUCAAAAAGUGACCGCGGCAGCGAUUGCGGCGACACGCUGCCGCACGAAUACACCGAGCAACGGCGCUACUACGAGAGCGCAAAGCAGUUAAUGAAGUUGAUAUCCGCACAGGGUGACAACUAUGCCGCACUGAAUCUCAUCAGCGGCAGCGGUGUUGACGGUAUUGCGGCCGCUGCUUGUGUGCGCGACGCGGAAGUGGAAGCGGAACGCUUGCGCCAAUUACAAGAAUUUCGUUUACAAAAUGCUGAAGACUGCUUCAAUGUACAUCGACGAUUAGAUUUGCAUUUGCCGAUGCAUAAAAACACAUUGACGCCCGGUGGAAUGGAACAACUGGUGUGUAAGCUACAACGGGAGACUUUAUCGACGAUGCAGGGUAAGAUGGAGGGCUCGGACACAAAAGGAGUAAAAAGCGCAGUGGUUAAGGAGAACGCGAAGAAAUCACAAUUGCACAAUAGUGCAAUUACUCCAUAUGCAGUGCGUCAAAGAUUAUUAAAGCUACGCUUGGAAGCAGAGGAGUUGAAACGCGCGAAACCUGGUCCUAAGUACCGUCCAUUGGAAAAAAGUUGUGCAUUGCGUUAUCAGGAGACCUACUAAUCGACCACUGUCGAGAAACUUAGAGUAUUAAAAUGUAUUAAUGCACUUUGACUUUGGAAAUAACCUUUACAAUACAUUUUUUUACAAAUUUACAAAAAUAAAAUAUAUAAUAAUACCUAUACAUACAUUUACAUACAUAUAAGACUUAAGAUUAAAAAACUAAAGUUUUCAAUUUUAAUCGAGAUGCCUAUUUACAUACAGACUUAUGUAUUAUAUAUGCUCAU